AGCAUGUUUUUUUAAGUCGUCAUUUGCACUCUGACCACAAUUUGGUUUAGUGCAGCUUUGUGCAGCUUGAGAAGUGUGAAAAAAAACUUAACACUUGCAUACAAGUUGUUUAGUGUGUAAAACUUCUCAAGAAUAGGUGUGACGUGUGUGUGGGUUAAAGAUCGCUAUCUGUCCUGCUAAACUAUUUAAGUGCAUAAAGGAGGAACAUCGGUUCUAAAGGAGGCUCUCGGCAUUCGUGUUUCCAUAGUAAUGUCAGUUUAGUGAUUGAAUUGAACACAGGUGAGAAUGCGUCUGUUAGUUGCGGGUAUCGUCUGCGUUCUGCUGGCGCUGAGCUUUCCAGGCAUCGACUCCAGAGUGGUAAAGAAAUUCACUAAUUGCAGCGAGUUGUUUUUUAAAGAAAAGCCUCCAGUGAUUCCUGGCAUUCUGGAGAAAUCAGAGCCACAGAUUGCUGGUUUCAGAGUAAUCUGUCAAAAAUAUAAGAACAAGAUCAGGUUCGCGACACUCUACAACACCACAGGCAAGAUUCCAGUUUUCUCUGCGUACAAAUACACCGGGACCAAUCAUUUCAAGAGGCUACAAACUCCAAACGUCUGGAUGACCGAGUUACAGCUUGAACCCUUGUCUGCUGCUGACAUGCAUGAGCCGUUUGCCAAGCAGGCUAGACAUGAAGACUACUUAAUAAAGAACUCACUCAACUAUUUCCCUGGUACCUUAUUUCCUACAAGUCACGCAGCUGAUGAAGAUACGGCUCAAUCUGCAUAUACACUGACCAACUGUGUGCCAGAGAAAAAAGGCUUUAGAGAAGGAAUGUGGAAUCUUGUGGAAAAUGAAAUUAAGGUCAAUAUGGACAAUAACUGUCGUGAUAAUAAUAACAGAACUGUUGCCUAUGUGCUGACAGGGGUCAUACCUGGUAAAGACACGCUGAAUAAGAGAGUGAACGUUCCAUCACGCAUGUGGACGGCGUUUUGCUGCUAUAACAAUGCAACAGCAUCAUGGGUCUCUCAAACUUAUAAUGCCGCCACAAACAUGUAUUACAACAAUAGUAACAUCGCGCUCAAGAGCUUGGAAUAUUUACAGACAAUCCUGCGUGAUAAAUGGGGUAAAAAACUUGAGCUGUUUAACAAGAACUGUACGUAAAUAAAAGACAGCCAUCUUCAUUCAGAGCAGUGCAGAUCAGACGCUUGAGAAUUCAGAAUAACCUAUUAAAAUGAUAAUUUACUGUUUAAGGGAGAAGACGUUUACUUUUCUUGAAAAAUGUUUAUUCUAAGAAAGAAAUGUGUGUAUCUGGCAUCUUUAAUAAAGCUUGCGCAUGCAAAU